AUGACUUCUUCAAGAGGACAUGCGGAAGUGCUCAGUGCCAGAAGAACAGAACCCCGUGACAUUUCAGAUAUUACUGGCCUCUUCAGCAGUCUGACAGAAGUAGUUUUUGGAAGAACUGAUGCCGCAUACCUUUUAGAAAAAGCAAAUCUUGCUUUGACACUCUGCAAUGAGAAGAAUGAGGUUAUAGCCCAUGCUGCCUUUCUGGACUAUCCAAAUUGGGAUAUCACUGAUCAGUCUGACUGGGAAUCAUUCUUACGUGAAAACUACAUUAACAAUAAAUGCACUCCUUUGAACACAUUGUUCAUGCAUCUUUUUGUGGCAAAAGAAGAAUACGCAGCUGCGUGUUCCCAAGAAAUUCUUAGGAGAGCUUUUGUCACAGUACCCGAACUGCAGUUCAUACUUCUCUUCAUACCAGCUGAUGAGAAUUUAGAGCCAUACAUGGGAAAUGUCUUUGAAAAGAUGGCAGCUGCUCCCGGAUCAGCGGUGGACACAAACUUUACCCUGCUUGUGUGCCCCAGACACUGGCAUCACCCACAGCUCCAUGUUCGCCAAGCAAGAUUGGAAGAUUGUGAUGACCUCAUGCCAAUCUGGACACAUCAGAGUGAGACUCUGAAAGAAACUUACGGUGAAUAUUUCCUUGCUGAUGUCAUAGAAUGUCAAGAUGAAGGAAAUCGGGCUGUCGUUUGUGAGGCUGGUGAUGCUGUAGUAGGAUUCAUGAGCUUAUGUUCUCAAGUAAAUGUUUCCUUGUUGCAAGAGUAUUUUGACUUGAGGCCUUUCCAUGGACUCUGUAAACCACAUCCUGAAGAUAUUCUCAAAAUGCCCCAGAAGUCAAGCGUUCCAGAAGGUGAAGAUAAAAGCAAUCAAACAAAUGAAAAACCAGAGUCUGUUUCAUCUCAAGCCUUUGAACAUAUUCGUGAUCAGGAUGCAGCUGUGCAGAAAGAUGGAGCUCUUAUCGUUUCCUGUACGGAUCUGUCGUUAGAUGAUGUCAAAGAUCUCAAAGCCUCAGCAACACUUCCUGACCCUGGAGAAAGUGCAUUUUGUCCAGUGUACCGAGGAGCUCCAAAUGCUGUCUGUAUCCGUCUGUUCUGUAUUGAUGAGAAGCAUGAAACUAGAUCGCUGGAUUUUCUGCAUUAUGUCUUCAAGCUUUUUCCAGACAAAGACUUCUGUGUCAUCCUGGUGCCACAUCACGUACCAGUUUUCCACCUGAUCCAGAGUUUUGUUCGAGUUGUCCCUUCCUGCACUUCCCAGUUUGGUUAUGAGCUUUAUGUGUUCCACCGGGCAGGACUGCUCAAGUCAUUUAAUGUAAGAAGGACAAUGACCAGUGACCUACUUGGUGUCAAAAUGCUCAUUAAAACCCUUAGCUUGAAUGAAAGUAUAUUCGAUGACUUAAAGAUAUUUAUUCUGGCUCGCAGAGAUCCAGAUGGGAUCCCGGUGCAGGCUUUCAUAGCCGAAGUUCUGGAUCAGAUAGUUGGCAUUUCUGUUGUUAGAGAUGAAAUGGAUAUUGAGUAUAUACGAUCACAUUACAACAUUGAAGAUUUUAUUCAUUUUAAUCACCACCAGCACGAGGAACAUGGACAUCUUUACCACUUCGUCUUAAACCCUAUAUUCCGACACUACGCAAAACACUUCCUAAAGGAGAUUCUUCGCUUGGCCCACAAAUCUUCUCUCUACUAUCCUGUUUAUCCACAGUAUGUGGAAGGCAAGAUUGCUGUCUCUCACUUUCAGAAUCCCCGGGCCCAUUCCCUGACAUCUGCCCUUCAUUACAUGGUUCCCGUGCGACCGAGACGACAGAUUGUCUAUCCUCUGGAAGAGCUUGGCAGAAACGCUCCGUCGGAGCAGGUCUCCAAGGAUCAGUUGAGUUAUUCGUUGAACCACAUAAAUCGAAAGCUGCUGCUGGAGUCUCGAGUGUCUAUUAAUAUUAGAAUUGUGGUGGUUGGGGCAUCUGACGUUGGGAUCGCUUUUCUGGAAACACUUAUCUUUUG